UUACUAACUAUGCACUGUCUUGGUGCAGAAAAUGUCUCUCUGUGAUGAUGGAAAUUCUACUUGACUACUCCAUUGAGCAAGUGGGAGCUCAUGGAACUCCUUUGAACAGUUGAAAAACCCUUCCUGAUUAACAUAUUUUUCACCUCCUGUUAUCCCUGUUCUUUCACUAGUUUGUUCUUAUAAAGGACCAUCUCUUGCGGAAUUUUGAAGAUGAAUCGACUUGGAAAUGUAAUGAAAUUUAACACUUUACUACGGAGUGGUAAAGCAAACCAAGGCCUUUCAGCACUGAGACAUUUCUCUAUUGGAACAGAAGAGCCCUCAAGCAAAGAAGCAAAUAAGUAUUUGUUGGAGCUACGGAGGACGAAGCAAUCAGAUGUUAUGGGCUGCUUCCAGAGGAUGAGAUGUUGCCAGGAAUACUCCAGUCUUUCUAUGCUCACGCACAUCACACAACCCACUCACUCUGUAUCUUUGUUGUGCAGAAACCCUAGGCAUGGGCUGCUGAAGAAGGGAAUGGAGUGUCCUAGUUUUCUUGUCAGACACAUUGCAACAAUGGGCGAUUCCAAGGAGUCCAUUUCAGAAGUGGGUUCUGCUGCUAGUCCUGACAUGGUUCCCCGCAUCAAAUUUAAAAGGCUCGAUAAAACAGCGAAGCACAUAAUGCAGAUUCUGGAUAAAGAAGCAGUGGAGGAAGUGAGGACACAGAGAGAGAUACUUGAUAUAAGGCCUGGCUAUAUCAUCCAGCUCAAAGUGGAAGUUCCCGAGAACAAGAGGCGUACUUCAAUUGUGAAAGGAAUUGUUAUAGCACGGCGUAAUGCUGGUCUAAAUACAACAUUUAGAUUGAGGAGGCUCGUGGCAGGUGUCGGGGUGGAAUCUGUCUUUCCUUUAUACUCUCCAAACAUCAAGGAGGUUAAAGUGCUGGACAAGAAGAAAGUGAGAAGGGCCAAACUCUACUACCUCAGGGACAAGAUGAAUGCCCUCAAGAAACAUUAGCUUUAGAGUACCUGAUGGUUGAAUUUAUUGAGAGGAAAAGCAAAAUAAAUUUUGUCAUCCAACUGUUUUGGUCAUUUGUUUGCGGUAAACAGGUUUGUUGGGCAUUGCAAGCACUUUUUGACUGAUUUACAGUAUUUCUUGAUAUGAUAAUGUUGCUUAUUAUUUUGGUAAUUUUUGCUAUACUAUUUUGAGACAGUAAAUUUUGUUUUACAAUUUUUAAGAAACCUGACAUUGUCUCU